AUGGGCACUUCUAGAAGCGCCACACCGCUGGAUGCCGCUGCUGCUGCUGCUUGGGCGAGCGUGCCGAGGACGCUGUCGCUAGCGAGGACCAGUCAGCGCCGCCUCGGCGGCAGGGGUGGACGUGCUGACGGCUUUAGUAAAGACGGUGGAGGCGCCGCGGGACAAAAACGGGCCAUCCAGGAGGUGGAUGCCGAGCUCGUCCGGCAGGGAGAACGGUCCCGUGCCCGAGAGAUCGGCGUGUUCGAGGAGGCGACUCCCGAUACCUUGGGAUCCCCGAGUCGCUACAGUGAACUCGGCGGCGAUGGCGAUGGUGGCGACAAUGGUAGCGGUAGGGUCGGUCUACGGCGGCUCACCACGUCCCUGUAG